AUGAGACAAGGUAUCUUGCCACCUUUUGGGUUGUGUGUGGUCACUCUGACACUUUCAAACGACUGGUUUGAGCCUAUUCAGAACAUCAAGGCAAACCUGGACCAGAUUUUCAAGCAACGUCACCUGAGCAAAAACCGCUCUCGUUCUCGUAACCGUGAGAGAAGGCACCCGUAUAUGCCACGAGGACCCAGGGGCCAGACUGAUCAAAUUCAGCUCUACUACUCUUCCUUUGGCAUUGUGUCCAAUCCUGAAGCCGGACCCCCUCGAUGUGUGGAGGAAGUAUUGCAGCAGUCUGAGAGGAAGUUUCACUACGUUGGUCCUGUGGGACUCGAAGAUCAACAGAUCAACAAGACCGAGCAGACAAAGGGCCUGUACGAGCUGGACGACCACACUUCUGCUCUAAGCCAGGUAUCCUGUCUCUCAUUUGAGGCUUUACACAGAAACUUUGACGUAGCGAGGACUGUCACUGCUAGCUGGUGGGUGGAGUACUCAACACGCAAAUUUGCAGUAUCACCACAUGGGCCAGUGACAAGCUUUUUCUCCUUUACUGACAGAGAAGUGUUGGGCAUUGCCCCCAUCACAGAGAGCAACACAAUUAUCAACACAGCCAUCUUGACGAGCCAGCCUGUGUCACUUCCAGUCAUUGUCCUAGCGGUGGACCUUGAUGGCAAAGUAUUAGAUGUUACCAAAGCGGUGAAGUGUCAUUCAGACAAUGAAGAUAUUGUCAAGGUGUCUCAUGAUUGCUCUGUGCUUUUUGUGGAUGGGAGUGAAUCAGGAAGGGGCAGGAUCUGUGUGGAGCUGGAGUUUUUUUGGGGAAUGCACAGUGGCUCUUUGUGCUUGGUUGUGCUUGGUUGUGCUUGGGCUCCAAUAGUUCCACUGCGUGUGUCUCUCUCUGACUCUGUCCUGAGUCCCAUUAAAGGCUGGAGCUACUACAGUGAGAGUGGGUGUGAACCAGUUUAUCAGAGGUCCACUAUACAGAUUUUGGCACAGUUCAGUGCCCAAUCAGCAGCUCAAGGCCAACCAACCUACAUGCUCGGAUCACCCGAUUGGUUUGUGGAUGUGACUGAACUUGUCCGAGACUGGCUGAGGAUAGAAAACCAGUAUAUUGCUGCUCUUGAUAAACAAAAACAUCUAAUUGGCUUGAAGCCUGGAAUUACAUCAUUAUAUGUGAUAUCAAGUCAGUGGGAUGGAGUGCUUGGAAGUGCUAAUGUCACUGUAACCUCUGAACCAGUCACUCCUGGUGACCUCUCAGUUCAGUUGGUGGGAGGGCUUGGCCUGUCCAUUAAUUCCAGCCCAUCUCAUCCAUCUAUUGUCACAGCAACAGUGGAUACUCACAACACACUGUACAACCAUGGGCAAGAAGCAUCCAUCAGUGUUUGGAUCCAGUUUGAUGAUGACACCACCAUACCUGUCUAUGCCUUUAGUGGGAUUCCCUAUAUUCUCCGGAUCUCCUCUUUGGCUGAGUCUGUGGCUGCUGUGACACCUGCUCCAUCCCAGCGCAUUUUAGCACAAGGUGAUGGCGGAGGGCCUCUUGUGAAUGCCGAACUUCUGGUCUCCACUUGUGAACCAACAUUUAACCACGUUGAACCGGAAGUAAUCCAAAAAGGAAGUGAAGCAAAAAGAUUGUCUAAAGGCUCUGGCUGGAUAAGGGUGAACUUGAACAUGGACUUUUGGCCAAUGGGAAGUGAAGAAACCAACUUUGAGAUGCAUGAUGUGACUGAUAUGUUUGUUGACUCCAACAAUGAUCUGUAUGUUAACUUAGAAGAUCAGCAAAAUACGACGAUAAAUUCCACAAGUGUCUAUGUUGUUGAUAAUGACUUGUUCAGAAGAAAUGACUUGGAGCAGGCAGUUUUGAUUCCCACCCAUAAAGAGAGUGCCGUGUAUUUAUCUCCUGGGGUGGAAAAAGAGAGGAAAGAGGUUAAAACUGCUGAUAGACAAGUAGAGAUUGGCAUUGGAGCUGUCCUUUCUCUUCUCUGUCUCUCUUCUCUCCUUUUCCUGGUCAACUGCCUGCCAUCUGCACUGAGAGAACAGAGGCACAGAGAAAGCCCAGAGGGAAAUGUAAAAGUCACUGUGGAGGAAGAUGAGGAAACUGGAGAAGAGCAAGAAGAGAAGGUAGAGGGAAAACAGUGUGAAGUGGUAACAGGAUAGGACAGAGG